AUGACCGUCAAUUAUCACAAAGAGAUCAUGGCUUCGACGCCUUGGACCUUCUUCAAGCUGCUUUUCAAGUGGAAAGGUUCUUUCUAGCCGGAGACAACUUUACAGAUUCGAAAAAGCAAAAAGUUCAGGUUCGAUUUGGAAAGCGGUCUACAUUGAAAUGAUUGUUUUCCUGGUCAUCUAUUAUGUCCUAUCAAUCAUUUAUCGUACAUCAUUAAGUGAAGAAAGAAUGCGGUGAGAGAGGAAUUUCAUGAUUUCUAUGAAAUUCAUUGACGUAAUGAUUCCUUCUCGAGUGACGUCAAACCUAGAAUGGAGAACACACUACGAGAAAAGUUCCUCCAACAAUCUUAAUUUCCUUUUUUGAAAAUUUUCGCUGCAAUGGAAACUGAAAAUGUCUAUAGAAUCGUUUUCUCCUGGUUUGAUGACGCUAUAAAACCUAUGAGGGAAAAAAAUAAAAAACUUCCCUUCGUUUUUAUUAUGAAAAAGAAUGUCUGGAAGUUGCAAUUGAACUCGCAAUAACUAGAGUGAAACCAUAAACAUUUUUUUCAACUCAAUAAAAUGAAGCUUUCUCUUCAUAAUUAUUAUUCAGCUCUGAACUAACCUAAUAGGAAUCAGGUAACGAAAACGCAAUCGCAUGCUUGGAAGAAAUUUUUUGCCAUGAAUGAAUUAGGGCGCUUCAGUUAUCAUGUUAUUCAAGAUCUUUCGAAGCGGUGGUGAGGUUUUUCUCGAAACGUCUCGAAUACAUUCCACUCGAACUAGUACUCGGGUUUUUCUGCACGCAAGUGCUUGCUCGCUGGACCAAGCUCUAUCAGACUAUCGGUUUCAUCGACAAGUGAGUUAUAAGAAAAUCUGAAUUCCAAUAACAAGAGGAUUGCAAGCUGAAAAAAAAAAUAAAAAAGUACUGAAAGGUAUUUGACUGGAAGGUAUUAGAUGGUGCUAGUAGAGGCAAGAAGUAGAUCCCUCUUUAGAACUUUGAAAAGGCUUCUUUGAACUUCCAGAAGUUUUUCCUGAGCACAAGAAACUAAGUUGGUUCAGUGUGGGUCUGAUGACAGCUCUUUACGUUCGCGGAAGGACGGAGAAGGCGAGGACAUACCGACGGAACAUCAUGAGGUACAGCGAGCUGGUACAGGUCCUCGUGUUCCGUGACAUCAGCAUGAGAACAAGAAGACGUUUCCCUACGUUGGACACCGUCGUCGCAGCCGGUUUCUUUUGCACGGAAACUUCAAAACGGCAGUGAUUCCCAGGUUUCAUGCUUCCUGAAGAGAAAGAGCUGUACGAGAGCUACGCCGAUCAGCACGACACACCUCGUUACUGGAUUCCGGCGAACUGGGCUUUGGAUAUGACUUAUCAAGCAUGGAAGGACGGCUACAUCGAGAGCGCUUACUUCAAAGCGCAAGUAGAGGCGGUGAGACCCCAUUUUUAAGAAUUGAUUCACUCUGAAAAAGUCCCUUUUCGAUUCUUUAUACUUCAGGAAAUCCGAACAUGGCGGACCAACAUCGAAUGGGUUUUCAACUACGACUGGGUUCCAUAUCCACUCAUUUGGCCACAAGUGAGUGGGAAAUCUCACAACAAAGAAUACUUUCUUUUCAAAGGUGGUCUGUCUUGCUGUACACCUCCACUUUUUCGUGGCCACUCUAGCCAGACAAAUCAUCGCCAAAGGAGAUGGCGACAUGGUAAAAGAAAGCCUUGGAUAGGAAGAGAUAAAGAAUAGAAACUCAGAUCGACGUCUACUUUCCGUUCAUGACCUUUCUACAAUUUCUCUUCUACAUGGGAUGGCUCAAAGUGAGCUGUUUCUUUUUUUCUUUUUCUUCAGAAUUUCCUUUCCCUUCCAAACAAAAAAUUGAAUUAAGGUUAUCGAAGCAGUCUUGAAUCCAUUCGGCGAAGACGACGACGACUUCGAAACAAACGCCUUGAUCGAUCGCAAUAUCACAGUAUAACCGAAUUGAAUGAAGAAAUAGGAAAUAGAUACAUGUUAAGAUGGGACUGAAAAUCGUCGACGAUGGCUACGACAUCACUCCAGAAGUUCGGAAGGACCCCUUCUUUGACGAUGUCAAACUGCCUCCAAUGCUGUACUCCGAGGAAGCGGCCAGAAUGCCAAACCACCCGUACCAAGGCUCCGUCAGCGCUGUCAGGUAAGAUUGACAGACUCUUUCGAAGGACAGUGAUAUAUUUAGGCUCAAACUAUUUCAGUUAAGCUCCAGAAUUACUUCAAAUUUCUGUAAAGAAAAAAGUCAUAGUCUCCCAAAAAUAGAAAAUUCAAUUGAUCCUCAUUCUAGAUGCUGGUCAGGUCAGUUAUUCUUUUUGACUCAUUUCGCAAAUCUUUUCCGAAUGGACUCAGAAAAAAAAACUUCUUCCUUUUCAAUCCAAUAAAAAACAGGUUUAUUUAUUGAUAAUUCUUCCUGGCCUUUUCAUCUUGAGCAAACAUUUUUUGUAACAAAAUUAAAAAUUAAAAAUUGAUAUUUACAUGGUUAUGAAGGAAAAUUUACCGAUAAAUCUGCAGGAAAGGCAGUUUAAUUGCUAAUUGCGUUUCGACAAUUCCACAAACAAAAGAUCAAAAGAAAAAGUUGCAGACUCAACUCCAAGGUGAACGAAGUCGUUAUGGUGCCCCACUCGAGCUCCGAAUGCAACCUUCGAAGACUCCAAUCGUCCUCGUCCGUUCAAAAUGCCAACGGAAAUAAUCUCAAGCGGAGGGACAGCGGACUUCGGCGAAAAGUUCCAGUCAAAGAGUCAGUCAAUGAGUUAUUAUCAAUCAAAGGUGUUUGA